CGCUCCAUGGCGCCAUGUCCGGCACCGGCACUGCCUGAAGCAGGGCUGUGCUCUCCGGCCCCAUCUCCUCUCCGGUUACUCCCAGACCCCGAGGAUCCACCGGCAACAAACUGACGCUCCAGGGCAGUGGCUAUGGCCGAGGAGAGCACGGCUGCUGACCACGAGGGGCUCCUGAGGAGGGUGCAGGAGCUGGAAGCGGAGGUGAAGUGGCUGCAGGAGAAGCUCCAGGAUGACAAGGAGGGCACUGGGAGGAGAGAGGCUGCUCUGGCCCCUGGGAAAGCCAAAAGACGCCAACAAAGGCCCUUCGAUUUCAGCGCGCACGGCCGCAGACACGUGGCACUGCGCAUCGCCUACCUGGGCUGGGGCUACCAGGGCUUUGCCAGCCAGGAGAACACCCCCAACACCAUCGAGGAGAAGCUCUUUGAAGCCUUGAAGAAGACACGGCUGGUGGACAGCAGAGAGACCUCCAACUACCAUCGCUGCGGGCGCACGGACAAGGGAGUCAGCGCCUUUGGGCAGGUGAUUUCCCUGGAUCUGCGCUCCAGCCUGCCACCGGAGGGGCAGCAGCAAAACGGGCACGCGGGCGAGGGGCAGCGGGAGGAGCUCCGCUACACCCACAUCCUGAACAGGGUGCUGCCCCCCGACAUCCGGGUGCUGGCCUGGGCCCCCGUGGCGCCGGAGUUCAGCGCCCGCUUCAGCUGCCAGCGCCGCACCUACCGGUACUUCUUCCCCUGCGCCCAGCUGGACGUGGCCCUCAUGGACAGCGCCGCCCAGCGCUACGUGGGCACCCACGACUUCCGCAACCUCUGCAAGAUGGACGUGGCCAACGGGGUGCUCAACUUCCAGAGGACGAUCCUCAGCGCCCGCGUGACGUGGGUGGAGAGAGGGGGAGAAUCCGGGCCGCGGGAUCCCUUCCGGCUGUGCCAGUUCGAGGUGACAGGGCAGGCGUUCCUGUACCACCAGGUCCGCUGCAUGAUGGCCGUGCUCUUCCUCAUCGGCCAGGGCAUGGAGAGCCCGGACAUCAUCGACGAACUGCUGGACGUGGAGAAGAACCCCCGGAAACCGCAGUACAGCAUGGCAGUCGAGUUCCCCCUGGUCCUGUACGACUGCGAGUUCCCAGACCUGCAGUGGCUCUACGACCCGGAGGUGCAGGGCUUCAACGUGACACACCUGCAGCAGCUCUGGGCCAGCCACGCUGUCAAAACCCACGUGCUUCGGGACAUGUUGGCAGGGCUGGACACUGCUCCCAUAGCCACUGGCAAAGGUCCGGGGAGCAGCCUGGUCAGCAGCUUCGUGGAGGGGGUCCAAGCCCGCACCUACAAGCCCUUGCUGUCCCGGCCCCGGUGCGAGGGGCUGGAGGCUCGGAUCGAGCACUUUGUGCGGAGGGGCCGCAUCGACCCCCCCCGGGGGCCGGGGGUGCCCGGGGACCAGGAGCCCCCCGAGGGCAAGCGGGGCAGCAGCGCAGCCCCCGAGCAGCCGCCCAAGAGGGUCUGCGUGGACACCGAGUGACGGGGCGCCUCGGCACUUCUUUUUAUUACUGUUAUUGGGGGGAAAAAGCGCGUUUCUUCGGUGCUGUUUUUUUAUAAAUCUCAAGAAAUCUCUUGUA